CGACACCCAGCUGCCUGAGACCCAAGAAGCAGAAAAUGAAGCUCAAGAGCCUCCUGCUGCGGUAUUACCCUCCAGGGGUGAAGAGAAGUCUUGAGGACCACACUCCUGUUUAGAGGUCACAGUACCGCAGCCACAGAGGAAUUAUGUUGGAGUAUGAGACAAAUGGAGAAUUAAAGACCAAAUCAAUUGAUUUACUUGAGCUUGGUCCCAGUACUGAUGUCAGCGCUUUAGUAGAAGAGAUCCAGGAAGCAGAGCCUCUGAUCACGGCUUCGCGAACCGAGCAAGUCAAGCUUUUAGUACAGAGACUGCAGGAAAAGCUGGGGCAGAACAGCAAGCACAUCUUCUAUCUCUUUAAGGUUCUCAGAGCACAUAUAUUGCCAUUGACUAAUGUUGCACUGAACAAAUCAGGCUCAUGCUUUAUCACAGGAAGCUACGACCGGACGUGCAAGGUCUGGGACACCAGGUCCGGAGAGGAGCUGCACACGCUGGAGGGCCACAGGAAUGUGGUCUAUGCCAUAGCAUUCAACAAUCCUUACGGCGACAAAAUUGCCACUGGGUCCUUUGAUAAGACAUGUAAACUGUGGAGUGCAGAAACAGGAAAAUGUUACCACACCUUUAGGGGACAUACAGCAGAAAUAGUGUGUUUGUCGUUUAACCCUCAAAGCACACUGGUUGCUACUGGAAGUAUGGACACCACGGCCAAGCUGUGGGACAUUCAGAGUGGAGAGGAAGUGUUCACUCUAAUGGGACAUUUGGCAGAAAUCAUUUCCUUGUCAUUUGACACCUCAGGAAACAGAAUCAUUACAGGGUCUUUUGAUCACACAGUCAUAGUGUGGGACACUUCCACUGCAAGGAAGGUGCAUACCUUGAUUGGCCACUGUGCUGAGAUAAGCAGUGCUGUAUUCAACUGGGAUUGCUCUCUAGUACUCACGGGCUCCAUGGAUAAGACCUGCAUGUUGUGGGAUGCUGCAAAUGGAAAAUGUGUGGCAACCUUAACAGGCCAUGAUGAUGAAAUACUCGACAGCUGCUUUGAUUAUGCUGGAAAUCUUUUUGCAACUGCUUCAGCUGAUGGAACAGCGAGAGUCUACAGUACAGCCACAAAAAAAUGCCUCGCCAAACUGGAAGGUCAUGAAGGGGAGAUUUCAAAGAUUUCUUUCAAUCCCCAAGGAAAUCGCCUCCUGACUGGCAGCUCUGACAAAACAGCUCGAAUCUGGGAUGCAUACACUGGCGAGUGUCUCCAGGUUCUUGAGGGGCACAUGGAUGAAAUCUUUUCAUGUGCUUUCAACUAUCAAGGCAACAUAGUCAUUACAGGUAGCAAGGAUAAUACCUGUAGAAUAUGGUGUUGACUGAAGACGUUCGCCCAUGAGCAAACUCGUAAGCAGUUACGACCAAGACCUCGAGCAUCCCAGGACAAGCAAACCAUGUUCACUUCUCAUGAGCUUUCUCUUUUUAUACAAGCACUCUGUCCUUAACUUGACAUAUUUGACUAUUAAAACUGGUGAAUUUUUAUCAUUUCUUGAUAUUAUUUGAUGGGGAUGAUUUCAUAAUUUUUAGUGAGUACCACUGAUUAUUUCAGUUGUGUUUUAUUUUAAUAGCAUCAUGAUGCUGAUAAGUAAAGAUAGAACAGUUUCACAGUAUGUCCCCCAGAUUCUACUCUCAAGGAUAUUGUUACAAUUUCUGUUAAAUAAAAAUUUCUUCUGAGAAGAA